GAAACUCUUCACGAGAAAAACUUGAAGAACUUAAGAAUCCAAGUUUACAAAAUAUGAUCAUGAUACUUUUCUUAUGCUUAAUAAUAUUGUUCAUCAUAACCAUUCUCUUCUUCAAAAAACAUAAGACAGUGAACAAAAUCAUCAACUUUCCAUCCCCACCGAGACUUCCGUUGAUCGGAAAUCUUCAUCAGCUUAGCCAACAUCCUCACCGAUCACUCUGCUAUCUCAGCCACCGUUACGGUCCACUCAUGCUCCUCCACUUCGGAAGUGUCCCCGUUAUUGUAGCCUCUACAGCAGAAGCAGCUCGAGACGUUUUAAAGACGCAUGAUCGCGUUUUUGCUAGCCGUCCACGGUCAAAAAUCUUCGAAAAGCUUCUUUACAAGAGCCGUAAUAUGGCCUCAGCUCCUUAUGGAGAGUAUUGGCGACAAAUGAAGAGUGUUAGUGUUCUCCAUCUCCUCAGCAACAAAAUGGUACGGUCCUUUCAAGACGUGAGACAAGAAGAGAUCACUCUGAUGAUGGAAACGAUCCGUAAAUCGAGUUCUAAACCGGUAAAUCUUAGCAAGAUCUUGUCGAGUUUAACUAACGAUGUUAUAUGUAGAGUAGCUUUGGGACGGAAAUAUGGUGUUGGAACAGAUUUUAAAGAGUUAAUAGACAGGCUCAUGAGGCAACUUGGUACGUUUACUAUCGGGAGUUAUGUACCGUGGCUUGCGUGGACUGAUUGGGUCAGCGGUUUGGAGGCUCGACUGGAAAAGACCGCUAAUGAUUUUGAUAAGCUAUUGGAGAGAAUUGUGCAGGAUCAUGAAGAUGGAGACGGCGACAAGACUGAUUUUGUGGAUGUAUUGCUCGCAGCUCAGAGAGACAAGAGUUUCGGGUUCGAUAUUGACCGGUUAAGCAUAAAAGCAAUCGUCUUGGAUGCUUUUGUGGGUGGUACAGACACAUCCUCCACGCUUGUGGAAUGGGAAAUGACAGAGCUUCUACGACACCCAACGUGUCUAAAAAAACUUCAAGAGGAAGUCCGUACGAUUUGUAAGGGAAAAUCAAGUGUGUCUGAAGAUGACAUUCAAGGAAUGGAAUACUUAAAAGCUGUGGUCAAAGAGGCACUCAGGCUACAUCCACCAGUUCCAUUGAUGGUUCCUCAUCAAUCAACACAAGAUGUUAGGUUAAGAGAUAACCAUAUACCUGCCGGUACGCAGGUUAUAGUCAAUCUUUGGGCCGUCGGGAGAGAGGCUGCGACGUGGGGACCAGAUGCGAAUGAGUUUAGACCGGAGAGGCAUUUAGAGUCGCCUUCUGAUUUCCGGGGUCAGGAUUUUGAGCUGAUUCCUUUUGGAGCAGGGAGAAGGAUGUGUCCAGGAAUAUCAUUUGCUGUGGUGCUGAAUGAGGUAGUCUUGGCUAACUUAGUGCAUGGGUUUGAUUGGCAAUCUAUAGACGAUGAGACCGAUGUUGCUGAAUCAAUCGGUAGUGUGAUUCGCCGCAUGCACCCUCUUUACGUCAUUCCAUCAUCUACUACUUGAUUAAGGCUUAUUAUUAUGUUAUGUCUACAAUAAACCUGUUCAUUUGAAAAUGUUGUAAGCUAAGAUAUGUUUGAGAUUUUAAAGUUUCGAGUUCCUAAUUAAACCAAUUUAGAAAGCAAGGUGAGCUUACUUGAUUCAUUAUUCUGUACAACAA